GAGCUGUGGAUCUGACAUCGGAACAGCACUGGAAAUGCCCAAGCUGGCUAGCUCUCACUGGACUCGGAUAGCCAAAUUGAACCAUCUGGCUUUGCAAGAGGAAGCAGCCCCAAACAAACCACUGGCUGGCUUAGUAAAUGCUUCCGAUUAUGCCACUGCGUUGGGCAACUGCUCUGAUGAGAAAAUGUCGUUCAGCACGCACUACCUUCCUGUGAUUUACAGCAUUAUCUUCCUCGUGGCCUUCCCAGGAAACAUCGUGGCGAUUUCCACUUACAUCUUCAAAAUGCGGCCCUGGAAAAGCAGCACCAUCAUUAUGCUGAACCUGGCCUGGACAGACCUGCUGUACCUCACCAGCCUCCCUUUCCUGAUUCACUACUACGCCAGUGGGGAGAACUGGAUCUUUGGGGAUUUCAUGUGCAAGUUCGUCCGCUUCGGCUUCCAUUUCAACCUGUACAGUAGCAUCCUCUUCCUCACCUGUUUCAGUAUCUUCCGUUACCUGGUCAUCAUUCACCCCCUGCGCUGCUUUUCCAUUCACAAAACCCGGUGGACGGUCCUCGCCUGCGGUGUCGUGUGGAUCAUUUCGCUGGUGGCGGUGAUCCCCAUCACCUUCCUGAUUACAUCUACCACCAGGACUAAUCGAUCCGCCUGCCUCGACCUCACCAGCUCAGAUGACCUCACGACCAUCAAAUGGUACAACCUGAUUUUGACAGCCACCACCUUCUGCCUCCCCUUGGUGAUUGUGACCCUUUGCUACAGCACCAUCCUUAACACCCUGGCGAACGGACUGCAGACCCACAGCUGCCUGAAGCAGAAAGCUCGCAAGUUGACCAUUCUGCUACUCGUCGUGUUCUACGUCUGUUUCUUACCCUUCCACAUCUUGAGGGUCAUUCGGAUCGAAUCUCGUCUGCUCUCUCUCAGCUGUUCCAUGGAGAAUAACAUCCACGAAGCUUACAUCAUUUCUAGACCCUUAGCUGCCCUGAACACCUUUGGUAACCUGUUACUCUACGUGGUAGUCAGCAACAACUUCCAGCAGGCCAUCUGCUCCAUCGUGAGGGCCAAAUCCAGGGGGGACCAGGAGCAAGCCAAGAAAGCCAUUUGCUCAAACAACCCCUGAAAUAGUUCAGUCACUCAACAACAGCAGCAGCAACAACCCUGCCAACACCUUGAUUCUAAUGCUUCUGAAGUGCCACAUAUGAUCCUCAGUGGCACUUUCAGUGGCUGGUGUGUACUGAAGUGAUGAUGUGCCAGAAUCAAAGAUGAGGCUACCGAAAGCUCUUUCCAUUGUGUUCAUUGAGCUCUUCCCUAAAGGAGACACAAACACGAGACGCAUGUGGGCCAAGGAAGUAUCCACACACAGAAUCGCCAACAAAUGGACCUCAGGGCCCUCUCUCUGUUCUUACCCAUUUAUUAGAUACACCUGGAACCUGAAAGCCAUACAUUCUUGCCUGGGAUCUCUAGGCCCAUCAUUCACUCCCAGUUUCAUGUUCUUUGACUCUUGGGGCCUGAUUGCAUUGAGGCCUUGCUUAGACUAAAGUGUCACUUGGCAUUUAUUUUUCACAUCUUGGUUCAUCAAUUUUUUUUCCCUUCAAAAUCUUGUUUUGCUAUCCAAACAAACCAGUAAAAUAUACUUAGAAUAACUCAAGGGUGUCAAUACAAGGAGCUGGAAUUAGUCCCUGUAAGAUAUUUGCGGGGGUUACCAUGCCUUUAUUGUGGUAGACCAUCAUAAAAUUUAUUCCCGAAUCUGUAAGAAUUAUCAAGGCAUAGUAGUAAAUAUCCACAUACCCUAAGGAUGAAGAAGACACAUUUGGAAACAGAAAUGUAUUUAUUGGGCUUUAAUCAGAUCUAAUAUUGUUUUAAUGUCAGUGAGAAAAUACUCCAGGAAACAUUAAUUCUCUUUGGAUAGCUUAUUCUUUUAUGACUAUAAUGAAAAUGUAUCUAUCAAAACAGCAAAGGGCAUUCUUGAGUUGUGUGUUCUUAAUUAUCAGUAAGUGUAAAUACUGGAGAAGAUACCUACUCCAGAAUUUAAUUCCUAGCAAAUAUUAAUACAGUUAAUAACCUUUAAAGAAUAACUGAAUGGGCUGGUCAUACUUUUUCCCAGUGAAAAUGCAGAGCAAUCAUUAUUACAUAGACACAGAAGUUAUUGGAUCCAUGGUUAGAGGACAAAAAAGUUUCCAUAACUAA